GAGAGAGAGAGAGAGAGAGAUGACGAUGGAUUAGGUGAAGAGUGUCACAUGAUGUGAAUGAGUAAAACUCGCCUUGUCAUGAAACCCGGAUGAGUCGAAGGUCCGACACGUAAGUGGGGGAAAUGCAGAGCAAGAGACGACUACGACGAGGAAGAGUCAAGCUAAAGAGAAGGUGGUUCAACGCAACGUAAAGAGGGAAGGAGUAAAGUAUAUUGCAAAGCACAAUACAGCAUUAGUCAGGAGCAGAGGUAGAAUUGCAAUCAGUCUGAAUCAGUCCAACCGGGCCAGUCUUAACAGCUACUACCAAUAUCUGCGUGCCGGUAGUGUUCCAGUAGUAGUGCUUCAGUGAUCACACCUCCAUUCUUUGACAUUCGACAUUCUUCUUUUAUCAUGAAUUCCUUUUAUUUUUAGGAAUAUUCAGUAAUUCUGUUUUUUUUGUUUUUUUUUUUUCAUUUAUGACAGAUCGUAAAAAUUUUGAAUUAUGUUUGGUAUAGCCGAACAAAUUUUCAAACCUUGACAAAUCAAAAUUGUUAUAAAUUUAAAGUAUACUCUAUAUCUGAUACUAAAAUCUCAUCAUUUUCGGUGAUAUUUCGAUUCAUUAAAUUUUUUUUCUACCCUUGAUGAAUUGGCAAAAGUGAGAGUGCGUCAAAGGUCAAAAUCACCAGAAUGAGCAAUGCACCUACAACCGGGGCACGUACCCUUCCUGCUAAUGACAAUGCAAAUGAAAAGGAAGUAAUCUCCUGGAAGUCUAUGACAAUUAGACAAAAAUGGAAUUUCUUCACCAGCAGUAUUACCGUGGAACCAAUGGUGGCAUGUUAUGUAAUGCCAAGUGUUUUAGCAUCUUUAGCAACACAAAAUUUAAAUCUAGAAAAAGCAUGUAGAGUAAAUUUAGCGUAUUCAAGUGAAGUUUGCGAUGCGCUUGCAGUGAGAAAUACAUCAGGCUAUGCCGAAGAAGAAAAAGCUGUACAACAAUUAGUUGCCGGGAUGCAAACAUGGAAGACUGCAUUACAAAGUGGAUUACCAACAAUUUUAAUUCUUUUCUUGGGUGCCUGGAGCGAUAGAACUGGAUUAAGAAAGCCAUGUAUGCUAUUACCAAUUGUCGGUGAAUUUUUAACAAGCAUAAGCUUGAUAGCGUGUACAUAUUGGUUUUAUGAAUUGCCAAUGGAGUUUGCGGGUUUAUCUGAAGCUUUAUGGCCAGCCGUUACUGGAGGAUGGUUCACAAUGUUCAUGGCUGUAUUUAGUUAUAUCGCCGAUAUUACAAGCCUUGAAUCAAGAACAUUGAGAAUUGGUUUCGUUAAUGUUUUUCUUUCAUUGGGAGUGCCUGUGGGGAUGGCACUCUCAGGAAUUCUCUACAUGCAGAUUGGUUUCUAUGGUGUAUUUGCAAUUUCCACCGUGUGCUAUGUACUUAGCUUCAUUUAUGGACUGGUUGUUAUCAAAGAGGCACCAAGACCGGCCUUGGUACAGGACAAAAAGGAUCAUGAGAAGAAAUCCGUUUGUGCCUCAGCGCUUCAUUUCUUUUCACUCAAGCACAUUUCAGAGACUUUCAAAGUGGCCUUCAAGAAGGGAGAAAAUAACAGACAAAAAAGAGUAGCCGUUCUUAUGAUUGUUGUUAUGGUCAUUGUAGGACCCAUGUAUGGUGAAAUGGCAGUUGUGUAUCUUUUUAUGAGAUACCGAUUCAAUUGGGACGAAGUGAAGUUCAGUAUGUUUUCAACUUACAGCAUGGUGACUAAUCUCAUUGGUACUGCAAUAUCAGUAGGUCUCUUUAGUCACGUUUUAAAAAUGGAUGACGCUAUUGUGGGAAUUCUUAGCUGCAUGAGUAAAAUUUUGUCAAGCUUUGUAUACGCCUUUGCAACAACAAAUACGAUGAUUUAUCUUGGACCUCUUGUCGAAAUUGUCAAUGGAACUUCGUUUAUAGCAAUGCGAUCAAUUAUGUCGAAAUUAGUGCCAAAUGAUGAAUUAGGUAAAGUGAAUUCUUUGUUUGGCGUUUGUGAAUGUUUAAUGCCACUUGUUUAUGGACCAAUGUACAGUUUUAUUUAUCGAUCAACAAUGGAAACAUUUCCGGGAGCAUUUUUCAUACUCGGUGGAAUUCUCACUACACCUGCCGUUUUUGCCUUUUUAUGGCUUUAUAGAGAACACAGAAGGGAUAAAAUUAAUUUGGAAAAAAAGGAAGCAGCUGAGAAAAAAGAUAAGGGCGACAAUAAUUUGGAAAAUAAUUUAUCAUUGACGAAAAUUUUAACUGAAAGUGAAAAAUCAGGAAUUGAAAAUGCAGCAUUUGAAUCAGAAAAGCUGUGAUUUUAUUUUAAAUUCAACUCUUUAUGUAACGAUGACUAAAUGAACGAUAUACAUAAACACGGAAAGAACUGUUUUCCGUAAUAAAAUAAUCUGUUUGCUGUAGUGAACUGCGAAGGUCAUCAUCAAAUCCAAAUUUCAUUCCUAAGAAAUUUCGGAAAUUACACGAAUUCAAAUUAUUAUCAUCAUCAUCAUCAUUAUUAUCAUAUUUCUUCAUUUCUCGAAAUAAAAGAUAUAUAUAUAUAUAUAUAUAUAUAUAUAUAUAUAUAUAAUUGCUAAAAUUAUAAGAGGGAAAUUUAAAAACUACAAAAAAUAUACAAUGCAGUUUUAUUAAAAAAUAAGUUAAAAUUAUUGACUUGAAUUUAAAAAAUAAAUAAAUUCAAUUUGAAAAAUCAGAAAAUAAAAUUAAAUUUUGAUAUAUAAUUUAUAUAAUAUAAUGUUUAAAUCAAUUCAAAUCUAAGUUAAUGAAAACGCAUAUGGCUCAUUUCAUUUAAAUUAUAUCAUAUUCGUGUCCCUUGCCAAAAAAAAUUAUUUGAUAUAAUCUUAGUUGAAAUUAAUUUGUUUAUAUAGUAAAAAGCAAUAAUUUUUCUACUUACAAGGACAUAAAAGUGAUUUUCAUAAUAUUGGCUGAACAAAAAGCAGGCAAAAUGUCAUAAGUGUAAUGCGUCCCCCAGAGACAUUUUCAAUGUUCAAAUGAAUGAAAUGUCGAAAAUAUAGUGUUUAAACCAGAUUAAAAAAAAGGUUUCGUGAAGUAUUAGUUCUAUAUUUAAGGAAAAUCGCAAGUGUUGGUAAUUAAACUUUAUUUUAUACAAUUUACAGAAAAUGAAAAUGACGUGUCCCUCACUUUUGUAUUUUUACAUUUUGCCGGCAGAAUUUCCUACUUUUACCUGCUAUUUAAAUUAUGUACCUUAUGAGCAAAAAAAUUUCUUUACCAUCGCAUAAGCAGCAAAACACAACGAAGUGUGUGAAAAAAACGAAUACUAAAAUUUUGGAAAAUUUUCAACAGCCUUUUCUUGAAAACAAGAUGGUAAAAUGCUUUUUCCUUAAUGGAUAAUUGAUUAUUAGCAAGAUAUACACCAGCUAAAACUUUUUUUGAGUUAAAAUAAUAAAAAAAAUUUCAUGUCAAUAAAUUAAAUAUGAGCACUUUUUUCACAAAAACUGUAACAGUACUUUCUCAGAAAUUACAAUCAAAAAUGCAAUUUCCAUUUGGAAAAUUAAUAAAUGCUAAAAAAUACACGACCUAAGAUUUACCAAUCACGAAAAUAACAAAAAAAAUUUUAUUAAAUAUUUAACAUAUUGAUACUGCUUUACUGAUUGUGACAGCCCUUUGGUAGAUUAUGUAUUUCAGGUGGUUAGCAACAGCGCCAAUCUCCUCCUUUCGGCAAAACUGCGAAACGUCUGGUGCCAUAUAUAACCUGCCAAACGGCUGUCAUAAUGAGUAAAAUAUGUUAUGUUAAAAUA